GCCAAGCCGUGACCCUCGGAGCAGGAUGAGGGCAAGCCGAUUGUUAUAAGCCAAGCUACCCCGGGGUAAGUCGAUAGACCCCCGAACUUCUCUUUGCUGAUUCGAAAGGCUGAGUCACAGUUAAUGGAAGAGUCCUUGAAUGAUCCUGCUGGCCUUGCUGUUCUUGUACCUGAUUUGUUUACGGUUAGUUUGGAGCAUCAUGGCGGACGCCAAGUCGCUUAUCAAGAGUAAGUCUGAAACCGAAACCCAGCGCGAGGCGCCUUUUUCAACCUGUGUCAGCAAAGGGGAACCAGUCCACCAAAACGCAGACAAUCAGUCAGCCCCGGCAAGUCUGAGUCCGGAUGUUCCAGUGUGCCUCGAAGGCCCCACCAACAGCCCGAAGCGACUGGCAUCGUGCCCGCCGCCGCACACGAAGCCAGGCCAGCCCGUGCCGUCAGACAUGAGCUCGGCCUGUGCUGAGCCUCAGGCCAACGGUCCGGAAGGGCCGGGGAAUCCAGAGUCGCCCUCCUCCCCUUUGGGUUCUCAGGCCAAGCAGCUCCGGGCUCCUUCCAAGGAAGAUCAGAAACAGGCCCAGAUUAAAAAAAAGCUGAUGACUAAUUUCAUCUUGGGCUCUUUUGAUGACGUCUCUUCUGACGACGACACCCCCGAUGGAUUGUUCAAAGCCUCCUCUAGGAAGAGCAGCCGGUCAAGCUUUGGCUCCUUGUCCUUCGACUUGGCCUCCCUUCGGUCCAUGACUGAGUCUGAAAUGUCUGCCCCCACCAUGAGGCCUAGCAUGUCAGGACUGCACCUGGUGAAAAGAGGACGAGAACAGAAGAAAUUGGACCUUCAUCGGGACUUCACGGUCGCCUCUCCGGCUGAGUUUGUAGCUCGCUUUGGGGGGAAUCACGUUAUUGAAAAGGUUCUCAUCGCCAACAAUGGCAUUGCUGCCGUUAAGUGCAUGCGAUCGAUUCGAAGGUGGGCCUAUGAGAUGUUUCGAAAUGAGAGGGCCAUCCGCUUUGUGGUCAUGGUCACGCCAGAGGACCUCAAAGCCAAUGCAGAGUACAUCAAGAUGGCGGAUCACUACGUCCCUGUUCCAGGAGGGCCCAACAAUAACAAUUAUGCCAACGUAGAGCUGAUAGUGGAUAUCUCCAAGCGACUUCCAGUGCAGGCUGUGUGGGCUGGGUGGGGCCACGCCUCAGAAAACCCCAAACUGCCAGAACUGCUCCAGAAACACGGCAUUGCUUUCUUAGGCCCUCCUAGUGAUGCCAUGUGGGCGCUGGGAGAUAAGGUUGCUUCAACCAUAGUGGCACAGACCCUGCAGAUUCCUACACUGCCAUGGAGUGGAAGUGGUCUUGUCGUGGAAUGGCAGGAAGAGUAUCUCCAGCAGAUGAAGAGAAUCAGCGUCCCUCCAGAAACAUACGCCAAGGGCUGUGUGAAGGAUGUGGAGGAAGGUUUGCAGGCGGCAGAAAAAAUUGGCUUCCCAGUGAUGAUCAAAGCUUCGGAAGGAGGAGGAGGGAAAGGGAUCCGGAAAGCGGAGAGUGCUGAGGAUUUCCCUAACCUCUUCAGACAAGUGCAGAGUGAGAUCCCGGGCUCCCCCGUUUUCGUCAUGAAGCUGGCUCAGCACGCCCGGCACUUGGAAGUCCAGAUUCUUGCCGAUCAGUAUGGGAACGCCGUGUCGCUCUUCGGGAGAGACUGCUCCAUACAACGGAGGCACCAGAAAAUCAUAGAGGAGGCGCCCGCCACGAUUGCCAUGCCCAUGGUGUUUGAGCACAUGGAGCAGUGUGCUGUGCGCUUGGCCAAGACGGUGGGCUACGUGAGCGCGGGAACCGUGGAAUACCUCUACAGCGAAGAUGGCCACUUCCAUUUCCUGGAGCUGAACCCGCGUUUGCAGGUGGAGCAUCCCUGCACGGAGAUGAUCGCCGAUGUCAAUCUGCCAGCCGCUCAGCUGCAGAUUGCCAUGGGGGUGCCUCUGAACAGGCUGAAGGACAUCCGGAUCUUGUAUGGGGAGUCACCCUGGGGCGUCACGCCAAUUUCCUUCGACAACCCCGUCAGCCCACCGGUUCCCCGAGGCCACGUGAUUGCUGCGAGGAUCACCAGCGAAAACCCGGAUGAGGGCUUUAAGCCGAGCUCUGGGACCGUCCAGGAGCUGAAUUUCCGAAGCAGCAAGAACGUGUGGGGUUACUUCAGCGUGGCCGCGGCGGGGGGCUUACACGAGUUUGCGGAUUCCCAGUUUGGGCACUGUUUCUCCUGGGGGGAGAACCGAGAAGAGGCCGUCUCGAACAUGGUGGUGGCCCUGAAAGAACUGUCGAUCCGGGGAGAUUUCAGGACCACGGUGGAGUACCUCAUCAACCUGCUGGAGACAGAGAGCUUCCAGAGCAACGACAUCGACACGGGCUGGCUGGAUCACCUGAUCGCCGAGAGAGUGCAGGCUGAGAAACCCGACAUCAUGCUUGGGGUGGUCUGUGGAGCCUUGAACGUAGCAGACGCCCUGUUCAGGACCUGUAUGACCGACUUCCUGCAUUCACUGGAGAGGGGCCAGGUUCUCCCGGCAGAUUCUCUGCUGAACAUUGUGGAUGUGGAGCUGAUCUAUGGAGGGGUGAAGUAUAUCCUCAAGGUCGCCCGACAAUCUCUGACCAUGUUUGUUCUCAUCAUGAACAACUGUCACAUUGAAAUAGAUGCCCACCGGCUCAAUGACGGCGGGCUGCUGCUGUCUUAUGACGGUAACAGCUACACCACAUAUAUGAAAGAAGAGAUUGACAGUUACCGGAUCACCAUUGGCAAUAAGACGUGUGUGUUUGAAAAGGAGAAUGAUCCCACAAUCCUGAGAUCUCCCUCUGCAGGAAAGCUGGUGCAGUACCUGGUGGAGGACGGAGGCCAUCUGACCUCGGGAAGCACCUACGCGGAAAUGGAGGUAAUGAAGAUGAUCAUGACCUUGAGUGUGCAGGAAGAUGGCCAGGUCUACUACGUGAAGCGGCCAGGAGCCAUGCUCCAAGCAGGCUGUGUGAUAGCCAGACUGGAGCUGGAUGAUCCUUCCAAAGUCCACGCAGCCAAGCCGUACAUGGGGGACCUCCCUUGCCAGCAAACCUUGCCCAUCAUGGGAGAGAAGCUGCACCAGGUUUUCCACAAUGUCCUGGAGAACUUGACCAACGUCAUGAAUGGCUACUGUUUGCCCGAGCCCAUUUUCAGCACCAAGCUCAAGGAGUGGGUGAACAAACUGAUGGUCACCCUCCGGUCCCCUUCCUUACCCCUUCUGGAGCUCCAGGAGAUCAUGACUAGCGUCUCUGGCCGGAUCCCGCCCUCCGUGGAGAAAGCUGUCCGCAAAGUCAUGGCCCAGUACGCGAGCAACAUCACCUCCGUGCUUUGCCAGUUCCCCAGCCAGCAGAUUGCCAACAUCCUGGACAGCCAUGCUGCGACGCUCCAGCGGAAGGCGGACCGUGAAGUUUUCUUCAUGAACACCCAGAGCAUUGUGCAACUAGUCCAAAGGUACCGGAGUGGAACCCGUGGCUACAUGAAGACUGUGGUGCUCGACUUAUUAAGGAAAUAUCUGCAAGUGGAGCAUCACUUCCAACAAGCCCACUAUGACAAGUGCGUGAUCAACCUCCGGGAACAGUUCAAGCCGGACAUGUCGCCCGUGCUCAACUGCAUCUUCUCUCAUGCGCAAGUGGCCAAGAAGAAUCAGCUGGUGACCAUGUUAAUCGAUGAGUUGUGUGGCCCAGAUCCAUCACUGACCGAUGAGCUCCUUUCCAUCCUUGGUGAACUCACCCAGCUGAGCAAAAGUGAACAUUGCAAAGUAGCCUUAAGAGCCAGACAGGUAUUGAUCGCCUCCCACCUCCCCUCUUAUGAACUCAGACACAACCAAGUAGAGUCCAUUUUCCUGUCUGCCAUUGACAUGUAUGGCCACCAGGUCUGCCCAGAAAACCUCAAGAAACUGAUCCUUUCAGAAACCACCAUAUUCGAUGUCCUGCCCAAUUUCUUCUACCACACGAACCAGUUAGUUUGCAUGGCGUCCCUGGAGGUAUACGUGCGCAGAGGCUACAUCGCCUACGAGCUGAACAGCCUGCAGCACCGGCAGCUUCCUGAUGGCACCUGUAUCGUGGAGUUCCAGUUCAUGCUGCCCUCAUCUCAUCCAAACAGAAUGGCCCUUCCCGUCAGCAUCACCAACCCGGACCUGCUGCGGCACAGCACCGAGCUGUUCAUGGAUAGCGGCUUCUCCCCUCUCUGCCAGAGGAUGGGGGCCAUGGUCGCCUUUCACAGAUUUGAGGAUUUUGUCAGAAACUUUGAUGAAAUUAUUUCCUGCUUUGCAAACCUGGCCAAGGAGAGCCCCCUCUUCAGCGAGGCUCGGUCCAUGCUGUAUUCCGAGGAAGACUGCAAGUCUGUCAAGGAGGAGCCCAUCCACAUUCUGAACAUUGCCAUCCAGUAUGCUGACUGCCUGGAGGAUGAGGAGCUGGUGCCCAUCUUCCGGACAUUUGUGCAGUCCAAGAAACACGUCCUUGUGGAAUACGGCCUCCGGAGAAUCACCUUUCUCAUUGCACGAGAGAGAGAAUUUCCUAAGUUUUUUACAUUCCGAGCAAGAGAUGAGUUUGCCGAAGAUAGAAUUUACCGCCAUUUGGAGCCCGCCCUGGCCUUCCAGCUGGAGCUGAAUCGCAUGCGGAACUUUGAGCUGAAGGCCGUGCCCUGCGCCAACCACAAGAUGCACCUUUACCUGGGCGCCGCCCGAGUGAAGGAAGGCACCGAAGUGACCGAUUACCGGUUCUUUAUCCGCGCCAUCAUCAGGCACUCGGACCUCAUCACCAAGGAGGCCUCCUUUGAGUACCUGCAGAACGAGGGGGAACGGCUGCUCUUGGAGGCCAUGGAUGAGCUGGAAGUGGCUUUCAACAACACCAGCGUCCGCACCGACUGCAACCACAUCUUCCUUAACUUUGUCCCCACGGUCAUCAUGGACCCUUCCAAGAUCGAGGAAUCUGUUCGAUCCAUGGUGAUGAGAUAUGGGAGCCGGCUUUGGAAGCUCCGUGUCCUGCAGGCCGAGGUCAAGAUCAACAUCCGCAUGACCCCGACUGGCACCGCGAUCCCCAUUCGCCUCUUCCUGACCAACGAGUCCGGCUACUACCUGGACAUCAGCCUUUACAAAGAAGUGACAGACCUCAGGAGCGGAAAUAUCAUGUUUCACUCCUUUGGGAACAAACAAGGCGCCCAGCACGGGAUGCUGAUCAAUACGCCCUAUGUGACCAAAGACCUGCUCCAGGCCAAGAGGUUUCAGGCUCAGUCUCUGGGAACCACCUACAUCUACGACUUCCCGGAGAUGUUCAAACAGGCUCUCUACAAGCUGUGGGGCUCCUCAGAAGAGCACCCCAAGGACGUCUUGACUUGUACCGAGCUGGUACUGGACUCUCAGGGGCAGCUGGUGGAGAUGAACAGGCUCCCUGGAGGGAACGAGGUGGGCAUGGUGGCUUUCAAGAUGCUGCUCAAAACUCGAGAGUAUCCCGAUGGCCGGUACAUCAUCGUCAUCGGCAAUGACAUCACUUUCCGGAUCGGCUCCUUCGGCCAAGAGGAGGACCUCCUGUACCUGCGCGUGUCCCAGCUGGCCCGGGCGGAGGGCAUCCCCAGGAUCUACCUCUCUGCCAACAGUGGGGCCCGCAUUGGCCUGGCCGAAGAGAUCCGACACAUGUUCCACGUGGCCUGGCUCGACCCCGCGGACCCCUGCAAGGGCUUUAAAUACCUUUACCUGACUCCUCAAGACUACACCAAGAUCAGUUCCCUGAACUCGGUCCACUGCAUGCACGUGGAGGAGGAAGGAGAAUCCAGGUACGUCAUCACUGAUAUCAUCGGGAAGGAUGACGGGCUUGGAGUGGAGAACCUGCGGGGUUCUGGCACCAUUGCUGGGGAGUCGUCUCUGGCUUAUGAGGAAGUUAUUACCAUCAGCAUGGUGACCUGCCGGGCUAUCGGGAUCGGCGCCUACCUGGUGCGGUUGGGACAGCGAGUGAUACAGGUUGAUAAUUCCCACAUCAUCCUGACAGGAGCGAGUGCAUUGAAUAAGGUCCUCGGUCGUGAAGUUUAUACCUCAAAUAACCAGUUGGGUGGCGUGCAGAUCAUGCAUUUUAAUGGCAUUUCCCACAUCACCGUUCCAGAUGACUUUGAGGGAGUCUACACCAUCCUGGAGUGGCUGUCGUAUAUGCCCAAGGACAAUCAUAGCCCAGUGCCCAUCAUCACGCCCACCGACCCCAUUGACCGAGAAAUUGAGUUCCAUCCUUCCAAAGCCCCCUACGACCCCCGAUGGAUGCUAGCAGGAAGGCCUCAUCCAACUGUAAAGGGAGCCUGGCAGAAUGGGUUCUUUGACCAGAACAGCUUCAAGGAAAUCAUGGAACCCUGGGCCCAAACCGUAGUGACCGGCCGAGCCAGGUUGGGAGGAAUUCCUGUCGGGGUGAUAGCUGUGGAGACACGGACUGUUGAGAUGGUGGUCCCCGCUGAUCCCGCUAACCUAGAUUCUGAAGCCAAGAUCAUCCAGCAGGCAGGACAGGUGUGGUUUCCAGACUCUGCCUUUAAAACUGCCCAGGUCAUCAAGGAUUUCAAUCGGGAGAAAUUGCCCCUGAUGAUCUUUGCCAACUGGAGAGGAUUCUCCGGGGGCAUGAAGGACAUGUAUGACCAGGUGUUGAAGUUUGGGGCCUACAUAGUGGACGGCCUCAGGCAGUACAAGCAGCCUGUCCUCAUCUACAUCCCCCCAUACGCUGAACUCCGUGGAGGCUCCUGGGUGGUCAUUGAACCAACCAUCAACCCUCUGUGCAUGGAGAUGUACGCAGACAAGGAGAGCAGAGGCGGGGUUUUGGAACCCGAAGGAACCGUGGAGAUCAAGUUCCGGAAGAAAGACUUGGUAAAAACCAUGAGGAGGAUUGAUAGUAUUUACAUGAAGCUGGUGGAACAGCUGGGGGUGGAGGACCUGUCAGAAAAGGACCGGAAGGAACUGGAGAGCAAACUGAGAGCCCGGGAAGAGCAGCUGUUCCCUGUCUACCACCAGGUGGCAGUGCAGUUUGCGGACCUCCACGACACACCAGGGAGGAUGCAGGAGAAGGGCGUCAUUACAGACAUUCUGGAGUGGAAGAAUGCACGCACAUUCCUCUACUGGCGUCUUCGCCGCCUCCUCCUCGAGGACAUCGUCAAGAAUGAGAUCCUGCACGCCAACAGCGAGCUCAGCCACGUGCACAUCCAGUCGAUGCUGCGCCGCUGGUUCAUGGAGACGGAGGGCGCCGUGAAGGGAUACCUCUGGGACAACAACCAGGUGGUGGUGGAGUGGCUGGAGAAGCACCUUCAGCAGGAGGACGGUCUGCACUCUGCUAUCUGGGAAAACAUCAAGUGCCUAAAGCGAGACUUUGUCCUCAAGACCAUCCGAGGCCUGGUUCAGGACAACCCUGAGGUGGCCGUGGACUGCGUGAUCCACAUGACGCAGCACAUCAGCCCUGCGGACAGGGCCCAGAUUGCCCAUCUCCUGGCCACCAUGGAGAGCCCAGCCUCCACCUGACCGGGGGACGCGUGGGGCUGGACACAGUCCUACCCUGGAGGGGACGCACCAGUGGCCUGGAGGCCUCCAGCCGAGGCUGCUGGCCACCACUCAGAGCCCCCCAUGAAGGUUUGGUGCGUUUCCCCUGGUGUCUCUGCGGGGCUAAAAGAGAAGGCAGCUCCUUCAGCCUUGAAAUAAAGGGCAUCGGUAUGGCGUUUUCAUGCAGAGAUGUCCGCCCUCCUGCACGCUGGGCAGUCGUGGGUUUGUUUUGACUCGAGGCAUCUUUGCUGCAUGGCCCUGCGGGCCCCAGGCCUUCCAGGGGCAUCUGACACCCCUCCACAGACUCUUUUUAUAUUAUGAGUCCAGCUCCUAAUUAAGGAUCCUACAUGGCUGAGGAAAGGGGACGGACUUGGGGACCCAGAUCCAAAGGGGGCCGGAGGGAAAGCAGGUCUAGCCUGGCUGGCUGCAUGCCUGCUCACAGGGGAUCAGGGUGACGUUUUUUUUCAUUUUUCUAAAUGAAGAGGAAAAAAAAUUUCAGAACAACAAACGAGAAAUCACUGGGGACAUUAAUGGGAAAUAUUCUUAGUAUAUAGGGCAGUGAUUUUUUUUUAGGAGAAAUGAAGUAUGAUCCUGGCUCUGGGGGCUUUGCGUUCUCCAAGAUCCCCUUUGUGGGGAGGGGAGCAAGGCUGCCAGGUGCUUCCCCUGGGGCUGCUCGCCAACUUCUCUAAGAAAAGCACAGACACUUUUUGCUUCAUCUCUGAGUGGCUCGGUCCCAAGCUACCUGCUGCUCCCUCAGGGACUGACUUGCCUGCGGGACUGGAGCGUUGGGAGGAGGGGAGACACGCUCCUUAUCUAACAUCUGCCAUGAUUAGUUGGCAUCGCUACUGUGACCCCCUGACUCAUCCCCAGAGGAACCUGCUGCUAAGCCGCCUUCCCUACCCCAUCAGUGCCUUCUUGCUGGUGGGCUAUGUGCCCACCACGUGCUGCUCAGCCGACACAGAAUAGUAAUACCUAAAGCCCAGGCGGUUUGGGGGAACAUGGCUGUUCUGAUUGGCCAAGGUGCCCCUGGAGGAGGAGGAUGGAGCCUGGGCUCUGGGCCUCCCUGGCCUGUGGGAUCCAGAGCUUAGCUUCCCUUAGAUGAUCCAGGGGGCCUGGCAGUGAGUUAAGGACUUGCUGUCACCAUGGAUCUUGCUGGGCAGCGUUUAUCAGGGACAUAAGCCAGGGUCAUGAAACGACCUAAUCUGAUUUAUCCCAAGUACUGGCCAGAAGCAAGGACUGAGGCAUAGCCGUCAGCCUGUGAAAGCCCAAGAGAACAAAUGGGGGAGAAAGUUCCCAAAUAACUGCUGUGUAUUUAUCACUCAGAGGAUGGGGGGCGUGGGGGCUUUGGGAAAUGAGUGCUUUUGAAUGUGUACAUGUGCACCCUGGGCCUCAGACAGAAUGUCGCGCUGGUCCUCUGAGGGGCGGUGUGGACGAGAGAGAGCUGGCGGGGAGGCUUCCAAUAAAUUGACCAUGUUUUUCAGA